CUUGUCUCUUGUACAACCUCAACCCAACGGAUUCAUUCCACACCCUUUCUGCCCUACAAGGUCCCCUUGCAUCAUGUCAUCAUACUACCCUCGGCCUCCAACGUGCCAUCCCGAGGCUUUGACAGUUUAGUAAAACCUGAUCCUUGGGGAAGGGUCCGGCGGCGUGCCCGAACCAAGGUUGACAGCGGCCCGUAGGUAGUAGCUAAUUGCGAGCAAGCGCCCAAUCCGACUCGGCUUGACGCGGAGAUAUAUACCCUUGCCACCUUCACACUUUAUUUGAUGAAUAUACAUCAACCACACCCUCGUCUCUUUUUCACGAUUUGACUCUCGUGAAAUACAAAAGCUCACAAUCCCCAAACUUACUAGCCACCUCAUUCCUUGCCGGUCUAUGCUGGGAUAAUGAGUAGUUCAACGGCCACGACGACGGGGCUUGACCCCGCUGUCCACACCUCAAACGACAACGUCAUCCGUCGGACUCAUGGUACAGAAAAUGGCAGCACUCCUAAUGACAAGGCCAAUGCCGGUGGUGAACCAGAGACGGAGACGAAAAGACACUCGAAGAAGGUAGUUCGGAGUAAAUAUCGCCAUGUCGAGGCCGUUCACUCUCAAUCAAGGCCAUCCUGUCUGAGCCACGACACAACUGAGAGCCCCAGCUUCUUGGGGUUCCGCAACCUGAUGGUCAUUGUUUUGGUUGUCGGUAACCUUCGUUUGAUCAUUGAGAACAUCCAAAAGUACGGCGUCCUGAUAUGCAUCGGCUGCCAUGACUUUCGGAAAUCCGACAUCAACCUCGGUCUGUUGCUGUACUUCCUGAUCCCCUGCCACCUUUUCAUCGCCUACAUCAUCGAGUACUACGCCGCCGUCCAAGCCCGUGCCGAGCGCAAUGUGUCCGCCUCCGAGCAGAACGCAAAGGAGCACCAGCACCAAGACGGCACCAAUAGCCCAACCGAGGAGCAGCACCGCAAGUUCCAAUCAACAUGGAAGCUCGUUCGCCUCCUUCACGCCAUCAACGUAACUACCGCCCUGGUUCUAACCUCCUAUGUGGUUUACUACCACAUCCACCACCCUUUGAUUGGCACCCUCACGGAAGUGCACGCCAUCGUGGUCUGGCUCAAGACAGCCUCGUACGCCUUCACCAACCGCGACCUGAGACACGCGUACCUGCACCCGGCCCGCGGAGAGCUCGACGCCUUGCCAGGACUGUACGCGGAGUGUCCCUAUCCGGAGAACAUCACGAUGGGCAAUCUCUGCUACUUCUGGUGGGCUCCCACGCUAGUCUACCAGCCCGUAUACCCGCGCACCGCCAAAAUCCGGUGGUCGUUCGUGGCCAAGCGAUGUGGCGAGGUGAUUUGUCUCAGUGUAUUCAUCUGGUUCCUUUCGGCGCAAUACGCGACGCCGGUGCUGCGCAACUCGCUGGACAAGAUUGCUUCGCUUGAUAUCCCGAGCAUUGUGGAGCGGCUGCUGAAGUUGUCGACUAUUUCGUUGAUUAUCUGGCUCGCUGGGUUCUUCGCGCUGUUCCAGAGCUUUUUGAACGCGCUGGCUGAGGUGACCAGGUUUGCGGACCGCUCGUUUUAUGAUGAGUGGUGGAACAGCGAGAGCUUGGGCGUGUACUGGCGCACGUGGAACAAGCCCGUUUAUCAGUACUUCAAGCGCCAUGUGUACUCGCCCAUGCGGUCGAGGGGGUGGAGUAAUGCGACGGCGAGUUUGGCGGUUUUCUUCUUGAGCGCCGUCUUGCAUGAAUUGCUUGUUGGUGUGCCUACUCAUAACCUUAUUGGCGUCGCUUUUCUCGGCAUGUUCCUUCAACUGCCUCUCAUCCAGUUCACCAAGCCUUUGGAAAAGAAAACGUCUCCCAAUGGCAAGUUGCUGGGCAACAUCAUCUUCUGGGUCUCCUUUACCAUCUUUGGCCAACCGUUUGCGGCCCUCAUGUACUUUUACGCAUGGCAGGCCAAGUAUGGGAGUGUGAGCAAGAUGACUACUUCGCAGCAGCUUGUUCAGCAAGGGCAGGGGACGUGCCCUCCUCUCGUGUAGUUGUCUGCUCCUGGUUAUUUUCGACGGUGAAGGAAACAUAGAUAUAGGCUUGAUCAACAGGACAGUGUAAGGUGAACGUCAGCUGUUCCCUGCAGCUGGGUCGGGAUUCUAGGUAGACCAAUUGCUUUAGCCAUGGUGUUCGAGGGCGUUACCGGAACUGCGAUAAUAUUAUGUAGUAACAAAGGGGAAAUACGUGAACUGUUUGGUUUGAUAGGCUUUGUAUCUAUUCUUUCGAACUGUAUACCACGUAAAGCGACUACCACGUAAUAGACUAUGGCACACAACAGAUGAGUUCUGUCGAAAAAGCACCACGCCCAACUCAGG